UCGCAUAUAAAUCGUAAAUUGCUAUUAGAACAAUAUACCUAAGACGAAAACUCACAGUUACUCCCCUUUUAUCAAAAUAUUUGACAACAUGAGGACUGACAAGAAAUGGUCAGAUGCUGUACUCAAAUUGGUUUCCGAGUUAAACAAUUUUGAUUAUGCAGAUCCAAGUGGAAAUAGAGCUCACACUGGUUGUGUACCUUUCUAUAUUGAUGGUAACAGAGUUGGUGUUAUACCAGCACAGGUUAUGAAAGAACUACCAAAUUAUCCAGACGUGUUCAAGAUUUGUACUGAACAGUCUGGUCAAUGUGUGUAUUUAAGUGAGCAGUUAUCAACUGAAGUAAAGAAGUCAGAUGUGUUUGAGAGAGUUCUAAUGGAUCUAAGAAAACAAGAAAAAUUUGUUACACUAAAAGGAUGGAGAAAUGAGAAAUACAGUAUAUUCUAUAAACUGGGGGAACCUCCAAUUUGUCAUGUGGAGAGAGCUGGUUGCCCAUUAUUUGGCUUUAUUCAAUAUGGUGUACAUGUCAAUGGUUACACUUAUAAAGAUGGAGAAUUGAAGAUGUGGGUUGGAAGAAGAUCCAAAACAAAACAAACUUUUCCAAAUAUGCUUGAUAACAUGUGUGCAGGAGGGCUCACCUCAGGUCUUGGAAUUACAGAAUGUACAAUCAAAGAAUGUCAAGAAGAAGGUUCAGUUGAUGAUGAAACACUGAAAAAACUUAAACCUAUUGGCUCUAUAAGCUAUUGUUACAUAGAUGAUAGGGGCAUUGAACCAGAGACUCAGUAUCUGUACGACCUUGAACUUUCACCAGACUUUGUACCUAGAAAUGCUGAUGGAGAAAUGCAAAGUUUCCACUUAUAUUCAUUAGAAGAGUUACAGGAUUUGAUAAUAGCUGAAGAGUUCAAGCCGAACUGUGCUCUUACCAUUAUUGACUUCCUCAUCAGACAUGGGUAUAUUACACCUGAUAAUGAGCCAAACUACUGUUAUAUUAUUCAGAGAAUGCACAUUUCAUUACAACCAAGUCCAUAGAGAGAAGAACAACAUGGAUAGAUACAAAAACAUGUUAGAAUAAAUACUAGUCCCUUUUUCCUUGUAUUAAACUUAAAUAAAACUGUGAUACUGUU